CUGGGGAUGUCACGUCUUGACUUCUCCAGGAAGCUGAUCCAAAAAACCCUCGAUUUUAAACCUGAACAAUUGAAUUGUUUGAUGAACAAAGGUUUUGAUGUUAGUUUUAGAUCUGCUGCUUUGUUGCAAGAUUUCUGGCAAAGGUUUGAUGCUUGUAAGACCCAGUUCUCCAUGUUCUCUGUUGAGAAGCUUUCUAACAAUUCACUUAAAACAGUGAUUGUUAGAAUGUUCAAUGAAACAGUGAGUGGAGAUGAUAUUGCUGUAUGGCUGGGUAGAUUUUGCACGGUCCGCAGUCAACCAGUCAAGGUAGUAGACGAAGACGGUAUCUGGAAUUGCGCUUGGAGAGUUCCCAUCAAACAAUGGGAAGAUCCAAGCGGAUUCCAGGGUCUAAGUCAGAUACCUUCAAUGAUUGUGUUGGGAGAGAACCGGGGCUACAUUCAUUAUCAAGGAAUGCCCAAAUUGUGCAGAAAGUGCGGCAAAAUGGGACAUUUAGCCGAUGUAUGCCAGGAGUUAAUAUGUGGGAAGUGUAGAGGAAUUGGUCAUGUCUUUGAAGAAUGUACCAUUGGCAGGCGGUGUAAUCUUUGUGGUGACACAAACCAUCUCUACAGAGAUUGCCCCAAGAGUUUUGCCAACAAACUGAAAGGGAACAAAAUGGCCGCCCCACCAGAGGAGCAAACAAGCAAACAAAGAGAGGAGGUGGAGCCUGAGGUUUUGGUGGGAAAUUCAAAUUUCCCGCCAUCCUCAGGGAUUGGGCAAGAAGGAGGAAGUGGGGCGGCCACAGGGGAGGAGUCAGAAGUUUCAAACGAAAAGGAAGAGGUCACCACAGGAGAGGAGAGCGUGGAAGGAACUGACUCCUCCCUUGAAACGGUGUCGGAGAUCAGAGUACAGUGUCCACCCCGGAGAUUCCUGGCACAGUUGGAGAGGGCGGUGUUUUACUUCCUGUGGGGUCCAAGUGGAAGCGCCUAAAGCGAGAAGUCGUGAAGAAAACCGGAGAAUGGAGGAAAAGGCCUCCC